GAACAAGCUCCACUUCCACAAGUAUACGUCUCCAAAUAACUAUUCCAGGUGUUGUCUGAGGUCCUUCAGUACCAGUUGAUCUCCAGCCAAUGAGGCGCGCCGUGAUUCCGAUCGCUAGCGAAAGCUCUACCGCAACGCCCCGGCUUCAACCUCCAACCUCAACCUCGACCCGGUUGAAAAUCCUCCCUCAAUCCCACCCCCCUCCCCCCUCUCGCACUACCUGCGCAACCCGCCCUCUUCCUCCCCGCUGCAAUUGCUGCAAUUGCCGUCCGCCAUGUCUCUUGCAUCCGCUUCGAGCUCGCUUCUGCGCUCCUGCGCCAGACAGCAAGUGCCUGCCGCCCGGGCCGCACUCGCCUCCUGCCAGCAACAGCGAGGCGUGGCCGAUGCCUCGUCCAAGGCGACCUUUGCGAGCCCCUUCGACAACUCGACCACUAAGAUCCCCAACUUCGGCAAAUACGCGUCCAGCAAGUCCCCGCGCAGCAACCAGGUCUUCUCCUACUUUGUGGCGGGUGCUAUGGGUUUGGGCUCCGCGGUCGGUGCCAAGGCCACUGUUCAGGACUUCCUCGUCAACAUGUCCGCCUCGGCAGAUGUUUUGGCCCAGGCUAAGGUGGAGAUUGCUCUUGACUCUAUCCCCGAGGGCAAGAACGUGAUCAUCAAGUGGCGUGGAAAGCCCGUCUUCAUCCGUCACCGCACCAGCGGUGAGAUUGAUGAGGCCCGCGCGACCAACUGGGAGUCCCUUCGUGACCCCCAGUCCGACGAAGACCGUGUCCAGAAGCCCGAGUGGUUGGUUAUGCUGGGUGUCUGCACCCACCUGGGUUGUGUCCCGAUUGGUGAAGCGGGUGACUUUGGCGGCUGGUUCUGCCCCUGCCACGGUUCUCACUACGAUAUCUCCGGUCGCAUCAGGAAAGGGCCUGCUCCUCUGAACCUUGAGGUCCCUGCAUACAACUUCCCUACCGAAGAGACUCUUGUCAUUGGUUAAAAAAACGUCUUCCUAUGAGAAAUCUAUCCAUGUUAUAUUAUCUAUCAAUUGUACUUCUGAAUGGCUAGAUUCUCUCUUUCUGUGUGUCUCCCGUGUCUCCGUGUGUCUCCGUGUGUCUCUCUCUCUUUCCUUUCCUCUGUUUUGACAGGGAUGGGAAAGGCUGUUUUAUAUUAGAAGCCAUCCUAUCUUAUGCG